AGUUCCUACCGACGACACAAUAAUUCUUAAAGGCGCGUUAGGCUUAUGUAUUUUUGGCAACACAUAAGCUUUUGGUAGCAUGCAGUCACUUACUCGUAAUGAGUAGAAUCUUUGUUUUGAUAUGUAUCCCUUAGCAUGCCAUUUUUUAACCCGAUUGUUUAAUGUUUUUCCUAAUUUAGGUGUUGGGUCCCUUUUUUCUAUGGAAUACGUGUCUUUAUCAUUAAGGGGGAGGGGGUAGGGUUUUGCACUUUCAAAAAAUCAAUUUUUUUGUCUUUUUUUAUAGUUAAACAUUUCAAGAAUAUAUUCCCAAAAUUUCAAGUUGAUCCGAGCAAAAUUCUCAAAGUCAUCGAGCAGUUAGUCUCCGCUCAUUCAAACUGUAGUUCCGACAGCUGCGGACGUUCAGAACGUAGCUGAUGAGUAGGUAUACAGUUUAUUUACUUAAGGAUCAUUUUCGAUCUUCUGGCAGUAUUGUUAGACGGGCCCGGUUUUUUGCGCAUGCGCAUCAAAUAAGAACACAAACGUCAGUUAGUUGUGGAACGUUUGAUCGUGCACUUGUUUUCAGUGAUUUAAUAAUUUUGUAAAGAUCUUUUCUAUUAAACAAUGCGAAGAAAUAGUAGAACUUUUUUGUGUAGGUCAAAAAAAAGACCAAAUCCAAGUAAACAAAAAAAAGAUGAAACUAGUACGUCGAGUGCAUCAUAAAAAAAAAUAAAGUUAAGUACCAGUGCGAGCGUGCCGGAAGACGUUGAAAAACAUUAUAGAAUUGUAGAUUUUUUGCUUGUUUACUCGACAAUUUCAACGUUAGUGAAAUAUGCUCAGUGUGAUGGUUCAGUUCAGUUUAAAAGUUGCAAAAAAGAAGGUCUUGGUUUUCAAAUUCAGGUUAAAUGUGCUAAAUGUAAUCCACGCUAUAUACCGUCGAGUGACAAAACUAGUCAUCGCUAUGAAAUCAACAUUCGAUUCGUUUUUGUAAUGCGUGCAUUAGGCUUGGGUUUAGCAGGCUAUAAUAAGUUUUGCGGUCUCAUGGAUAUUGCAAGUAAUUUUGUAUCAAAAACGUCUUAUUUGGAAAUAAUGAAAAUGAUUUGCUCCAGCGUAGAAACGACUGCUAAAAAUUUUCUCCUUUUCGCCGCAAACGAAGAAAAGCAAAAAACACGUGAAAACUCGUCUGACACUUUGACUGUUUCUGGCGAUGGCACGUGGCAUAAGCAAGGCUACAGCUCCUCCUUUGGCGUCACUUCAUUGAUUGGUUAUUGGACUGGAAAAGUGAUUGAUAUUUUCAUAAGUAGUUUGCAUUGUCAAUUUUGUAAAUUAUGGGAAAAAAAUGAAGACUACUGAAUUUGAAGAGUGGUACUCACAACACGUUGCUAAUGAUGAAUGUGAUGCCAAUCAUACUGGACCAUCAGGUAACAUGGAAGUAGGCGCAGUAAUCGAAAUGUUUCGCUGCUCAGAAGAAAAUUAUGGAGCAAAAAUUAGCAAUUAUAUCGAAGACGGCGACAGCAAAACUUACGGCAAUUUAGUGCAAGCAAAACCUUACGGUGAAAAUUUCACUAUAAAUAAAAAAGAAUGUGUAGGCCAUGUACAGAAACAAAUAGGAAAAUGUUUACGUGAUUUGGUAAAUACGACUGAAGAUGUAGUCGUGAAAACAGGAAAAAAUGCAAGUAGAACGCGGCGAAGUAAAAUACUUGGCGGCAAAGAAAAACUUAUUGGAAAAGUAAUCGAUAAUUUGAGUCGAUACUACGGAGCAGCAAUAAGGCAUAAUUGUGAUUUGGUCGAGAAAAUGAAAAAUGCGAUCUGGGCCACAUACUACCACCAACAGUCGACAGACGAUAAUUUUCAACACGAUAUGAACGGUGAGAAUUCGUGGUGUCCUUAUCAAAAAGCUCUGGCCACAACAGGAGUGGAGAAUUUCCAGCACAAUUACACUCCACUUCCAGAAGAUGUCAUCCAAGCUAUAAAACCAAUUUAUGAAGAUUUGAGCAAGGACAAACUUCUGGAAAGAUGUCUUGGAGGUUUUACCCAAAAUGCAAACGAAAGUUUGAACCAACUUAUUUGGAGAAUCCCACCAAAAAAAUUAUCUGGCAGCAAACAAAUUGUUGAAUUUGCAGCCUAUGUAGCUGCAUGCACUUUCAACGAAGGUGCUGGUGUUUUCCUCAGCUUUCUUUCUGAUAUGAACGUCAGCCUCAGGCCGAGCGCUUACGAAUACGCAAGAUUGGAGGACAGCUGUCGCAUCAACAGGGCCGAUAUACGAGCUGAGCAGCACAGCAAAGAAGCCAGAAUAAAGCGAAGACUCGAAAAAAAAAGAGGCCAAGAACAUCAAAGUGCAGGAAUUGUACUCUAUGGAGCUGGAAUCGAUGAUUUAGUAUAAUUUUCAACUGAGAUACAGUGAACACCGCAAAUCGUCUUUUUCCAAAGGCGCUCUAGGAAAAGUUCUGUCACCGGCUUGUUUGUGAAUAUUUUUGCAUCAAAAUUGUACAGAAUAUUCUUAAACUAAUCUUAAUAAUGUACAAGAGGUUGUAAUAAAUUUAAUCAAAUCAUUUUUUUUUUAAUUUGUAAAAGAAGUGUAUUUUUUCACGCUGAAAACCCUACCCUCCUCUUAAGUUGCAUUUUUUGUAAAUAGUCCUCUUUAUCCAUUGCAACCACUGCAUUUCCCUUGUUCGCGCGCGUGAUUAUUAUAUUGUCAUUAUGUUUUAAAAAAUGUGUUGUGUAUUUUUUAAAGUAUCAGCGGUUAAAAGUCUAUUAAUUUACAUGAGUCAUAUAACAAGAAGCAAGAUGUUGACGGAAUUUAUUGACAUGAUUUGUUUCGCGGAUUGGAAAUCGACGAAGCAAUUAUAGAAGUUUUGGACCAUGGGCUUUAAAUCCCGGACUAAUGUAUUUAAGAGCUUUAGGCUGUUUUGAAGAUUCUGUUUGCGCUUUGCGUCAAUAAUGUAAGAAAUACACACACACUGAAGAAAACUCCGUAGAGUCAAAACAUUUGUGUCUCGAAUACUAAUAAAUAACGGUUAUAAUGUAUACAAACACUUACACCUUUUUGCUCGUCUUAUUGGCCUAUACAAUUAGUUGUUAAAUUGCAUACGAGCCUAUCAGAAUGUUGUUAAAGUAAAAUUUGUUUUUAAAUAAGAAUAUCUUUUCACUUUGUUUCAAGAAUAAUUUAUUUUUAAGCGAGAAGAUUAUUUAUUCUUGGCGCUAUUUUAAUCAUAAAAUAUUCUUAAGUUAAAGCAUUUAUGCUUUGCUUUAAGAAUUCAUUUUUUUGUGUGAUUGUAUUAUUAAUAAUCACCAUUUUCUAAAUCUAUACACGAUAAAACACAUUAUUGUUACUAAUGUGUCCGUUUGAUAUAGUAAGGAUUUAUCUGCACUUUAUCGCUAUACGAGUAAAACAUAGUUAUAUGUCAGAGAAUAAUAAUCAGAACGUAGUAAAGUCAGUUCUUGUGAAACCAUGCUAGAAAAUUGUCGAUGGUUAUUGUACAUAUCGUGUCUUUACGGUUGUUGUCCAUAUAUAAUCGAUGAAUUAUCGAUAUUUACAAAUUUUCGUCCUGUGACGAAAAUACUGUACUUAUUGAUCGCGUGCGGUGUGUAUUGCGCCGCAGGAUAUUACGCAUUUGGUUUUGCCACUCUAUGUACAACUAUUAAUGUGGGUUGCGUUCUACAGCAAAUUAAUCGAUACACACGGACUCUCUAUAUGAUCUUGACAACAUUGCUAUCGUACUUACAUUAUACAACAUUUCAACGCACUGUUGCCACAAUUCAUGAAUUUGAUAAUUUAAUGUUACAUCAUCGUUGGUGCAUUGAAAAUAAACAAAAAAAGCAUUAUAUGCAGUGGCUAAUUAUAUUAUUUAUUAUUGGUGCUUGGGUGUUAUUUGCUGCAUUAGCAAUGCUGAUUGUUAAAAAAAUAAGCGCUACAAGCGAAAUAUCCUACUUCACAUUUAUGAUACAAUACGUUACUCGCAUGACGUUUUCUAUGGAGAUCGCAAAAUUUUGCUUCUUAUAUGAUGCAUUGCGUCGCAGGUUUUGUCUUCUCAACGAACUGUGUCAUGGAUCGAUUGGUAUUAUCUUGUCAAUUGAUUAACCCCAAAUUGAAUAACCAAAUUACCUUCACUCUUUCAGUGUAAAUAAUAUUUACAAAUAUCAUGCAUAAAAUGGGCUCUUACAAGUGAUCUUGCGAAGUGUCACACUUUGACUUUAAUAAAACUUUAUUACAUGCUGGUAAAAUAAUUAAAUAGUCUUAGAAAAUAUCAGUUGCUGCCAAAAAUGAUUUGAAAGAGUGAAAUAAUCCCUAAUAUGUAAAGCGGUUUUCAGCAAAAACUAUUUAAGACAUCAAAAAACGUUUUAUACAAAAGUUUUACAUUAAAAUUAGCUGUAUUCAUUCAAAUUAAUAAUAUUUUUUUAAAUUAAAAAAAGUUUUUAAAUAACAGGCACACAAAAUAAAAAAAAGUGUCAUGUCCAAAAGACUACACCUAUGUAUCCCUAUGUACUUUGACGCCCCGAAUAUGACCCCAGAAUUGCUUCAUCAAGUCAGAAUUUUUUUUCACCUUCAAAAAUAGUGUAAUUUGAAGAAAUUUUUGCCAUUUUUUGAGGAUAAAAAAAAUCUUUAUCUGAUGUAGCACUUCUGAGGUCAUAUUCGGUUGCAGGGCAUCAAAAUACAUAGGGAUACACAGGUGUAGUUUCUCGGACGUGACACUUUUUUUAUUUUGUGUGCCUGUGUAAUUAUUCUAUCAAUAAGAUAGACGGAUUUUAUUGUAACCAUAUCUUUAUAAGCAUAUUCAGAUUGUAACUACCAAAGGAAACUAGUUGAAUCAUUCAACCUCUUGAUGUUUAUGGAUUUAGAAUAUGGAAAAAUUUUGUGAGAAUAUUCAAUGAUUGCAUCAUAUAAUUAAAUUAUGAUAUUAAUUUGUAUUUCAGAAAUAAUAUCAUUAAAUUACAAUCUUUAACGCAUAUAUUACAACUAUCUUUUAAGCGAUUUCAUAAUCUUUAUCCCAGCAAACACUGAAUAUAGCUGCAACAUUGCAUUGGAGUAAUUGUAUUGAUUGUGAGGUAACAGAUGUUACCUCACAAUCAAUACAAUUUAAAAUGUUUUUGGGGUACAAUAUAACUAUUUUAUGCAACUGUUAUAUAUUUUUGUUAUUUUUGUGUAUUAUUGAAAUAACAGCAACAUAACAAAACUUAUAUAACAGAUAUUAUAUUUUAUCUAUAUUGUCGUUAUAUAAAAUGUUAAAUAGCAUUUAUGUUGCAUUAGAUAUAACUAUUACAUUGAAAUUAUAUUAAAAUUUUUAAUAGCUUUCAGUAGCGCCAUUUUGCGACACGCGAUUCAUGUUUGACAUUCGACUUAUUCGAUGUAUGUACGAUGAUCCGAUAUUUCGUGAUACGUUUGGAUUCCCCAUUUGGAUGGUGAUUGAAUAUGACUGCUAAAAUGGGUUUAAUUUCUAAAAGAUUAAAAAACUAUAAAAUAUCAGAGAGAACGAUUGCUGAAGAGCAUUUGAUUAUGGAAUCAGAUUAAAUGCACUUAAAGCUCUGCUCGUAGAGGUCAUGGCCAUUAUUUUGUAAAUUUUAUAUAUCGCGUGCUAACGCGGCUAUAUAUAUAAUAUAUAACGCGAAUGUUUUUCGUAUAGAAUUACUAGUUUAAAAAGAUGUGUCAACAACUUUCAAAAAAUUCAUACAAAAUACGGCCAAACGCAUGCAACAAACUAUUUUUACAAAAUAAGUAGCAGAUCUUUAAUUGCAUUCGGAUUCCAUGGCUAAAUGUCCUUCAGCCAUUGUUCUGAUUAUUAUUUAUGGUGUAACUGAUGUAAUAUAAUACAUGUUCUCGGUUUUCAUGUGCUUACAGAUAUAUUUUAGUAUGUUGUGAAAUUAAUUCACUCUUUUGUAACGUAACAGAUUUCAGAGUGUUUUUACAAUAAUAUAAUAUAUUCUGUGCAAGAACACAUAAAUUGCAAGAUGUUUAUAAAACUAAAUACUUUGUAAAUAAAUUUGUUUUUGUCUUCCUGCCUUUCUUAAGUUUAAGAUAUCACUUUUUAAGUAAGAGCAAAUUUUACUUUUGCAAAUGUGAGUCUUUACCACUCUUGUCGUGGCUAUAACUAGUUUUCUGAUUGUCUAUGUGUAAGAUUUUAUAGAUAACCAAGUUUACAAUCAUAAGACAAUGAGUCGAGUACCUUUCUUUUGUUGAAUAUGCUCUUUAUUAAGAUUUUGACUCACAUAGGCUAAAGCAUAAAGCGUUACAAAAAUGUGAAAUUUAAAUAAACCCAGAUAACAAAAUGCGCGCAUAGUGAAUUCACGGAGCGCGCAUGCCGUGCAGAUUAUCCUCACGGUGUGAGCUCACGGCAUCCGACAGAUGCGUCAUCAUAUGAGACUCAUAUUGGUCGCACGCGUGCGGUACUCAUGCGUGCGAGCGAUAUGAGCCUCAAAUGCGUUCUGCAAAUGAGACUCAUAUUGCUCGCAUGCAUGCAUACGGCACUCAAAAAUUCUAAUCAUUGCUCAUUUUUUUUACGUACUUUUAAUGCAUUAUAUAUCAAUAUUUUUAUUCAUUUUUUUUCUGAUUUACAAUUAAAAAUUAAUAUUAUCAUAUACAAUCUUUAAUAAAUUAGCAUUAAAAGUAUUAAAAGCAUAAAAAGUUCUUGAAAGAAAUGCGCAGUGAUUGGAAAUUUAUAUAGUAUUUUGUAAAUUUGUUAAUAUAUGGAAGGGUCUUGUUUUAUCACGUUGCAAUUGACCACUGCAUCCAUUCACAGCAAACGGUGAAUUUUAGGUUUUUUUACUAGAAUUUUUUUACUGUUCAAGCACUGCAGUGCGGCUGGUGAUCAAUCGCAACGUGGUUAAAAGAAAAAUUAACAUGUACACAAUUAAUACUUUAAUAUUAUUUUCAAGUGAAUUUUACUUUAAUGCAACUCUAAUUCAAAAUAUAAUUACAAAGAUAUUUGAAGUUAAAAAUACAUACAUUUUUGUAGAAUUAAUAAAUAUCUUACAUACUUUAUAUAUGGUCAUAAAACGAACCGUCCAUACACCUCUUCGAGACAACUUAUAAAAUAAAAUAUGCGAGGUCUGUCAACAAUAAAAUAUGAAAUGCUUGCUCUCGUAUUGUUUUCAAUGUUUGGCAAUAUUAUUCCACAAUUUCCUAGGAACAAAGAAAAAAAUAAUAUAUAAAAAUUAAUAUUUACAAAGUAUGAAAAUCAAGUUUGAUAAUUCUACAAGUAUUCUACACUUUAUCAUUUAAUUGUUAUAGAAAAUUAAUUUCCUUUUACAAAAAUUUAAUAAAGUUUAUUAAUAAUAAUAAUAAUCAUAAUAAUAAGUACAAAUUUUGUAAUAAUAAAAAAUUAG